AUGGCAGCUAAAGACGAGGGAAAUGAGGGAAAUACCGACCUAAUCGAUAAAGACGGCCUCCUUGACAAUGAGGACCUUCUUCGCCGCUUGGCAAUAGAAGAUCACGUCAUUGCCGACCAUCACCGGGUUCUCAUCUUGUUACGCUUCCUUGGAGCCAUCGAAGAAGAGAGACCCUACCGGCGAGGCCGCCGCCGCCGCCGUCUGCGCACGAACACUCGGCUCGCUCGUCACUUAACUUACAAUGUCGUUUCUUCACUUAGCGAGCAAUAUGCAGCGUGGCGCGAAGUGCACAGCGUCUCGGCGCUGAACUUGGGGAAAUUGGCGGUUGCAGUAAGAACUACCUAUUAUCAAGUGCACUCAGCAUCCCUGCGCAAUCCAACAACAAUGACUAAGAUAGUCCGAUCUGCUGGUGGCUGGGAUAUGGAUUACUAUUCCCAGAGGGAAAACCUGGCAAGGCUCCUUGCCUAUCUGUUCCAUCUCCGCCGUACCCUGGGCUUAUUCACCAUCCCUCGGUCGACAAGAGGAAUCCAGCAUAUGUUUACCGCGUAG